AUGGCUCUCAACGCAAUUCAUCGUCGUAAUCGCAUGAUGGAGCUGAAGGAUUUCAAGUGGUUGGACUUGUUCGAGAGGAUGAAAUUAAACGCGGACGACUUCCGAGCCUGGUUACGGAGCCUAGGACUAGAAGCUGUUCCAGUGUGCCCAAUGUGUUCUGGAUCCAUGACCCUUCGACCUCAAGACGAUGUAUGGAUCUGCCACAGACGGUCUUGUAGAACGAGUGAGGGUACGAAGCCGUCCUUAUCUGCCAGGCACAGGAGCUUCUUUGCCAAUUCCAAGCUCCCGGAGUCCACCAUCUUUGCGAUUGCCUACUUCUGGCUGCGUGAAUUCGGAUCCUUCCGAACAAAGUCGUUUGAGCUUGGAGUGAGUGCGAAGAUGCUGACCCACUGGGAACGUCGUUUCAGGAGCAUCUGUUCUCGCUUCUAUAGAAGACAUCCUCCAAUUAUUGGCGGACCUGGAGCAAUUGUAGAAGUUGACGAAACUAACGUCACGCGAAGGAAGUACAAUCGUGGCAGGAUUGUGCGAAGAAAGGAGUGGCUGUUUGGUGGUAUCGAGAGAGGUAGUGGCCGCGCAUUCAUGGUUCUGGUGAGACGACGUGAUGCUGCUACGCUCACGAAUAUUAUUCUCAAAUUCAUCCGACCAGGAACUACAAUAAUGUCCGAUUCAUGGAGAGCAUACUCGCAGUUGUCGAGAUUGCCUGCCGGAUAUCGACACCUCACCGUGAACCAUAUGGUUAACUUUGUCGAUCCUCUUACUGGCGCCCACACCCAGAACAUCGAAUCGUUGUGGCAGAAGUUCAAGAUGGUACCCAAAAGGAAGUAUGGUUUGAAUACGAAGCGAUACACCGAUUACAUCAGAGAAUUCCUGUGGCGUCGCGAGUUUGGAGAGCCUGGAGAGAUCAUCUUCAACUUCUUCGAGCAUAUUGCAGAGAUUUAUCCGUGUUGA